AGUACACAGAGCCGAGCAACACACGUUAUCUUUUCCCUGUAUUCCUCCUCGGGAUUUUGCAUCUCUAUAUAUUAAAUUCGACGACUGUCGUUCUCGAUCUCGUGUGAGAUUCUUUUUCUUUCUAAAAAUUAAUAAAUAAAAAAAGGACGGUUGACAAUGACAUUCGUGAUAUUGAUGAGAACGAUUUUUGUGGCACUGAUCAUGCGAACCUGUUGUGUCGGACAGGAUAUUCUUUUUCCCCGAGAGGCCAACUUGGAUUUGCGCGUCGGUGCUAGCGAGCCGACAACCGAGCCCAAACCAACUGAAUCAUCCAAGUGCGCGGAGCACAUGCUGCUCUAUGAUGGACGAUGUGACUGCAAGCCCCUUUACAUUUAUUUUCCGCUUAACGACAGCUGUCACGAAGCCUUUCGUCGUGGACCCUGUCCCGAUAGUCACUACGUAUACAUGCCGCUAAAUGAGUCGCUACCCAGUUGUGUUGAAAACCCUUGUGUUAUGGAUGGCAUUGUACCCUUUGAAGAUGGAUGCUACCCAUUAGGUAUGAAAGAAGGACCUUGCAAAGGUGGUGCGCUGGGUGUUAACGAGACAACGUUCCAGCUCCAGUGUCUUGAUACGAGCAUCGGGCCUCACGUGAUUAUUGAUGCGCCCAGGAAGUCCUGUCCUAAAGGCAGUCGACGCAACAACCAAGGCGUCUGUAAAGUUAUUCUGCUGAAGAUCAAUUAAUUUUGUGCUAAAUAUUAUCGCUUAAGCGAUUUUAUUAAGCUUGACGAAGUUUUUGUACAAUAUACUUAACUCUAUGUAAAAUAUACAAAUUUUUUUUAACGAUUAGAUUACACGUGUAACGUACAUCAGGUAAUUUCGACAAAUUCCUCUGUGUUAUUUACAAAUAGAUAUUAUUUUGUAUAACUUUUAAAAUAAAACAUUCUUUUUAUAA